CCCCUCAAAGGCUUCAACUUUAAUUUAAAAAUAUUGUAUUUAUUGUGUAAAAGCUUUAACCUUUACUUUUACAGAAAUCCCAGCUUCCAAAAUUUCAAGAAUUUGUUUCCUUGAAAAGAUGGGUUGUUUUAGCAGCAAGCAUAAGUUGCCAGAUCCUCCUUCAAUACCAACGCAGCCAACUAAUCACCAACAACAAGAAGUUCAAACCCAGAAAAUGUCAAUGCCUCAAGUUCCACAAACAAAGCAGCCCAGGCAGUCCCUGCCUUUGAAGCCUUCACCGGUAAGCACCAGGCCAGUUCUAAAGGAGGAAACAGUGUUGGGGAAGCCAUUGGAAGACAUCAAGCAAUACUAUACCCUUGGGAAAGAACUGGGUAAAGGCCAGUUUGGGAUAACUUACUUGUGCACCGAGAAUUCCACCGGUUCCACUUAUGCCUGCAAAUCGAUAUUGAAGAGGAAACUGAGGAGUAAACAAGACAGGGAUGAUGUAAAGAGGGAAGUCCAGAUCAUGCAGCAUUUGUCUGGUCAGCAAUGUAUUGUGGAAUUCAAGGGUGCUUUUGAGGAUAGGCAAUCUGUUCAUCUUGUGAUGGAGCUUUGUGCUGGGGGCGAGCUUUUUGAUAGGAUUAUUGCUCAGGGACAUUACUCGGAGAGAGCUGCAGCUGCUAUUUUCAGGGUUGUAGUGAAUGUGGUUCAUAUUUGCCAUUUCAUGGGAGUCAUACACCGCGAUCUCAAGCCAGAGAAUUUCUUGCUAUCUAGCAAGGAUGAGGGAGCUAUGUUGAAGGCAACCGAUUUCGGAUUGUCCGUCUUUAUCGAAGAAGGGAAGGUAUAUCGUGAUAUAGUAGGUAGUGCAUACUAUGUUGCUCCCGAAAUUCUGCGACGUAGUUACGGAAAGGAAGUUGACAUUUGGAGUGCAGGAGUUAUUUUGUAUAUUCUACUUAGUGGUGUCCCUCCAUUUUGGGCUGAAACCGAGAAAGGAAUAUUUGAUACCAUUAUUGAAGGAAAACUGGAUUUUGAAAGUCAACCGUGGCCUUCAAUUUCUGAUAGUGCCAAAGAUCUGGUGAGAAAGAUGCUGAACAUGGACCCGAAAAAGCGGAUUACUUCUGCUCAAGUUCUUGAACAUCCUUGGAUGAGAGUUGGUGGAGAAGCAUCAGACAAGCUAAUAGACAGUGCUGUUCUCUCCAGAUUGAAGCAGUUCAGGGCAAUGAAUAAGCUGAAGAAGCUCGCAUUGAAGGUUAUCGCAGAGAAUCUAUCUGAAGAAGAGAUUAAAGGUCUUAAAGCGAUGUUCAAAAACAUGGAUACAGACAAGAGUGGCACAAUCACAUAUGAAGAACUGAAAGCAGGUUUGGCUCGUCUUGGAUCAAAGCUCUCUGAAGCUGAAGUCAAGCAAUUAAUGGAAGCCGCUGAUGUAGAUGGAAAUGGAACGAUAGACUAUAUUGAGUUUAUCUCGGCUACAAUGAAUAGAUACAGACUCGAAAAAGACGAACACCUAUACAAAGCAUUCCAGUAUUUUGAUAAAGAUAACAGUGGGUAUAUUACAAAGGACGAACUGGAGACUGCUAUGAAAGAGUACGGAAUGGGUGAUGAAGCCAGCAUCAGGGCAGUAAUCUCUGAAGUUGAUACCGAUAAUGAUGGAAAAAUUAACUACGAGGAGUUCUGCACGAUGAUGAGAAGUGGAGCACACCAAACUGGAAAGUUUUUCUAGAUACCAUUAACGGUCCCAUUACUGUUCAUCACAACAACCGAGUUACGGGAAGACUGAACCGAUCUAACAGUGUCAGCAGUAGAGAAAUCAUAGCAGAAGGUAUGGGUUGGAUAGAGACUCAUAGUCCUGUAUAAGUUUCUUCAGGGCCCAUAGCUGAUAGCUAUAUCCUUCUUCUAAAAGUGGGUACUUUGAGGGUGUGAAUUAGAAUUGAUUCAAGUUGCAGUAUUGCUUGUGUAUAUUUUCUGAAUAAAUUAUCUCAGUUCCAAGUUCUUUCAUUGAUUUUUGAA